AUGAUAGCAGAGGCACUUCAGCAGUUGACAGACAUGGCUAUGCUAGCCACCAUUUAUUCAUUAGAAAUUAAAAAUGGAGCACUGGUGAUUCCUAAAGGACCAGAUGCACAGACAAUGACAAGCAACAUGAGACGAAAGAAUGGUUACCAGUCACAUGACCAUUAUGAGACUGAAUACAAUCAGCAGCAGUCACAUGACCAUUAUGAGACUGAAUACAAUCAGCAGCAGUCACAUGACCAUUAUGAGACUGAAUACACUCAGCAGCAGUCACAUGACCAUUAUGAGACUGAAUACAAUCAGCAGCAGUCACAUGACCAUUAUGAGACUGAAUACACUCAGCAGCAGUCACAUGACCAUUAUGAGACUGAAUACACUCAGCAGCAGUCACAUGACCAUUAUGAGACUGAAUACACUCAGCAGCAGUCACAUGACCAUUAUGAGACUGAAUACACUCAGCAGCAGUCACAUGACCAUUAUGAGACUGAAUACACUCAGCAGCAGUCACAUGACCAUUAUGAGACUGAAUACACUCAGCAGCAGUCACAUGACCAUUAUGAGACUGAAUACACUCAGCAGCAGUCACAUGACCAUUAUGAGACUGAAUACACUCAGCAGCAGUCACAUGACCAUUAUGAGACUGAAUACACUCAGCAGCAGUCACAUGACCAUUAUGAGACUGAAUACACUCAGCAGCAGUCACAUGACCAUUAUGAGACUGAAUACACUCAGCAGCAGUCACAUGACCAUUAUGAGACUGAAUACACUCAGCAGCAGUCACAUGACCAUUAUGAGACUGAAUACAAUCAGCAGCAGUCACAUGGCCAUUAUGAGACUGAAUACACUCAGCAGCAGUCACAUGGCCAUUAUGAGACUGAAUACACUCAGCAGCAGUCACAUGACCAUUAUGAGACUGAAUACACUCAGCAGCAGUCACAUGGCCAUUAUGAGACUGAAUACACUCAGCAGCAGUCACAUGACCAUUAUGAGACUGAAUACACUCAGCAGCAGUCACAUGACCAUUAUGAGACUGAAUACACUCAGCAGCAGUCACAUGACCAUUAUGAGACUGAAUACACUCAGCAGCAGUCACAUGGCCAUUAUGAGACUGAAUACACUCAGCAGCAGUCACAUGGCCAUUAUGAGACUGAAUACACUCAGCAGCAGUCACAUGGCCAUUAUGAGACUGAAUACACUCAGCAGCAGUCACAUGGCCAUUAUGAGACUGAAUACACUCAGCAGCAGUCACAUGACCAUUAUGAGACUGAAUACACUCAGCAGCAGUCACAUGACCAUUAUGAGACUGAAUACACUCAGCAGCAGUCACAUGACCAUUAUGAGACUGAAUACACUCAGCAGCAGUCACAUGACCAUUAUGAGACUGAAUACACUCAGCAGCAGUCACAUGACCAUUAUGAGACUGAAUACACUCAGCAGCAGUCACAUGACCAUUAUGAGACUGAAUACACUCAGCAGCAGUCACAUGACCAUUAUGAGACUGAAUACACUCAGCAGCAGUCACAUGACCAUUAUGAGACUGAAUACACUCAGCAGCAGUCACAUGGCCAUUAUGAGACUGAAUACAAUCAGCAGCAGUCACAUGGCCAUUAUGAGACUGAAUACACUCAGCAGCAGUCACAUGGCCAUUAUGAGACUGAAUACACUCAGCAGCAGUCACAUGACCAUUAUGAGACUGAAUACACUCAGCAGCAGUCACAUGGCCAUUAUGAGACUGAAUACACUCAGCAGCAGUCACAUGACCAUUAUGAGACUGAAUACACUCAGCAGCAGUCACAUGACCAUUAUGAGACUGAAUACACUCAGCAGCAGUCACAUGACCAUUAUGAGACUGAAUACACUCAGCAGCAGUCACAUGACCAUUAUGAGACUGAAUACACUCAGCAGCAGUCACAUGGCCAUUAUGAGACUGAAUACACUCAGCAGCAGUCACAUGACCAUUAUGAGACUGAAUACACUCAGCAGCAGUCACAUGGCCAUUAUGAGACUGAAUACACUCAGCAGCAGUCACAUGACCAUUAUGAGACUGAAUACACUCAGCAGCAGUCACAUGACCAUUAUGAGACUGAAUACACUCAGCAGCAGUCACAUGACCAUUAUGAGACUGAAUACACUCAGCAGCAGUCACAUGACCAUUAUGAGACUGAAUACACUCAGCAGCAGUCACAUGACCAUUAUGAGACUGAAUACACUCAGCAGCAGUCACAUGACCAUUAUGAGACUGAAUACACUCAGCAGCAGUCACAUGACCAUUAUGAGACUGAAUACACUCAGCAGCAGUCACAUGACCAUUAUGAGACUGAAUACACUCAGCAGCAGUCACAUGACCAUUAUGAGACUGAAUACACUCAGCAGCAGUCACAUGACCAUUAUGAGACUGAAUACACUCAGCAGCAGUCACAUGACCAUUAUGAGACUGAAUACACUCAGCAGCAUGCCAUUACAGGAUGGAGCCUUUCUAAUCAAGUGCAUGACACUGGAUAA